UUUCUCGAACUGGAUACAUUUUAGCUUUCUGCUAGAUUUGCAUUUUCUGCGUAUGAUUAGCAGGUAAUAUCUGCUUGGAUGGUCUCAACGUGCAUUAAAGACUGCUUUUGCGGUUAAUAGUUAAAAGAUUAAACCUUGUUUCAUGGAUAGUUGAAGAUGGCAUUCUCCAAGAUGGGCAUUCUGUUUCCCAUGUCUUAAAUCGGUUUUAUCUUUUAUUUUGAGAAAUCAAAAUCUCAAAUUUUUCCCCAAAUUUGACCAUGAACUCUGUGAAAGCAUCCGAAGUUGGUUAACUGAAUCUGAGACGUAUCCCGCUCGCGUCCCAGUCUCCUGCCAAGACAGAUUCGGCAUAAAAAAUGAAGAGUCUGUGCAGCUUAUCAAAAAUGAAGAGUCCGUGCAGCUAGGAUAAAACUGCUAAUGAUGCAGUGGCGGAUUCCAAAAUAUUAUGUAUUGCACCUGUUGAUUUAGAUCUAGAAGUUCAGUCAAUGACUGUUCCUGAUCCUGACUUCCAUAAUUUUGAUAAGGACAGAACGCAAAAAUCUUUUGAUGAUAAUCAAGUCUGGGUUGCUUAUGACAAUGAUGUUGGCAUGCCGUGCUAUUAUGCUAUGAUUCACAAUGUAAUCUAAAAAGCCAAUUAAAGUGCAAUUCAGCUAGUUGAACUCCAAAAACAACUCUGAAUUCGGCCCAAUUAAUUGGGUUGGUUCUGCUUGCUCAAGACCAGCGGAGAUUCAGGAUAGGCAAGCAUGAAAUCAAUAAGACGCUCAAUUCUUUCUUACACAUGGUCAAGUGGGUGAAAGGGGCUAGAGGUGUUAUCCAGUUAAUUUCAGCUUUGUCCAAUCUUCUGGAAACACAAUAUUUCAGUGGCUAACAUUUAUGAUUUUAUCGAGAUCCUAACUUAGCAAAUAUGGAAUCACCUUAAUUUGGUAAGUAAUAUUAACGGUAGAGAAGGUUUAUGAGAACCGAGCUCCACUUCUCCUUCAAUCUCUAUUUCAUAUGUUUACCCCUCUUCCUCUUUUUCUUCAACCAACAUUGUCAUCUUCGAUGAAGGCAGGUGUAUCUUUGCUUUGGUGGUGUCUCUGAUAGUACUUAUCUUUUUGCUGAUUUGAACGGUUUUUGUCUCUAUCUCUCUCUCUUUAUUUAUUUAUUUGAUGACAUGGGAACCUACAGCCGCUGCCCUUCGGGUGCGCACAUGGUAAACCCAGCUCCUGUGCAAUAGCUCGCAAUCUCUCUUAUGACCUUGCUUAAUUAGUAGAGUUUGAGUGCUUCAAUUCCUCGUGCUAAAUUUCCCUGUUCGUUUGAUCUUGUGAAAAUUGUUCAGAUCCACUAGGCAUCAGGCUAAAUUUUUGGCACUUCUUUUGCCAUUCCAGUCUUAAUAAACAUGAUGAACCCGUUACCAUUAUCAAAAAAAAAAAAAGCACUAUGAUAAUCUCUAAAAUCACUUUGUGAUAGCUUAGGUGGUUCUUGUACAACUCUAGUUUUACCUUCUAGUUUAUAUUGAGAACCAAGCUCCACUUGUCCUUCAAUCUCUAUUUCAUAUGUAGAUACUUUGUUGUGAGUGAUCUUAAUUUUCCAUAUUCUAUUUCUUUCCUUUUACUUUCCUCCUUUCGGUUGCUAUCUGUCGGUCUCUCUAUUCACCACCACUGUCUCCCAUUAAUUGUUGUCGGUCAUGUUUACCCCUCUUCCUCUUUUUCUUCAACCAACAUUGUUGAUUGCAGUAUGCCUGAGUCUACCACAACUUACACACAAAAUCCCUUCUCCUUCAUAGAUCAGUGGUUGACGGUGAUUUCCAAUAGUAAUCGCCGUUUGAACCGGAACCCCUAGAUUUACUUCAACACUGAUCCUCGAUGCCUUCCUUUUAGGGUUGACAAUGUGCAUGCAUCAAUCUUCGUUAAUUGACCGAUUCGUCUUUCUAUUUUCUCUAGAAUUCCUCUGUCAUAGAACUCCGUCGGUAGUUGUGGGAGAUGAACCCAUAUCGCCGUCGAUUCGAUCUUUGAUUCCUCUGGCACAAAGUUUGGUUGACAUGUUUAUCUUUGCUUUGGUGGUGUCUCUGAUAGUCCUUUUCUUUUUGCUGAUUUGAACAAUUUCUCUCUCUCUCUAUGACCUUGCUUAAUUAGUAGAAUUGAGUGCUUCAAUUCCGAGUGCUAAUUUCCUGUUUCUUUGAUCUUGUAAAAAUUGUUCAGAUCCGCUAGGCAUCAGGCUAAAUUUUUGGCACGUGUUUUGCCAUUACUAUCUUAAUAAGCACGAUGAUCUCUAAAACCACUUUCUGAUAGCUUAGGUGGUUCUUGUACGACUCUAGUUUUACCUGUCUAAGCUUUGGUGGACAGAGUUACCUGGUACUUGGUGCUGGUGGGAGGUGGCGGAUAUCUCGUAGAAUUAGUCAAAAAAAGAAAAAUAAGUACGAUGAUCUCUGUUGAUCCACCUGGUGAUGAAAUAACAAACAUUUUGUCAAGACUUCCUGUUGAGGAUCUCAUGCAAUUCAGGUCUGUUUGCAAAUCUUGGUGUAACCUAAUUAUAGAUCCUUAUUUUGUGAACAAUCAUAUGAAUCAACAUUCAUCAUAUAAGGAAAGCAGCUUUUUGAUCGGUAAAGAUCUAAUCUUAGAUGUCGCGGAAAUUAAGGAGUGUUGCACAUUGUACUCUGAUGAAACAUUCGCCGAGCACAAGAAAUUAGAAUUUCCUCUGUGGGAAUCAACUAAAAGUUUUGAAGUCCUUGGCUGUUGCAAUGGCGUUCUCUUUCUUCUUUACCCUUUAAGUCCUCGAUCUUGUUGCAAAAUGUAUUUUUGGAACCCGGCCACAAAAAUAGUCAAGAAUCUUAUUAAUUCCCCCGUUCAGCUUCCUGAUUUUCGUGUUCAUGUAGUGUUUGGGUUUGGGUGGGUCCCCCGAUUGGAUGAAUAUAAGGUGGUUAGGAUUUUGUAUACUGAGAAAAUGAAUCUGACAGCCCCUCCAAAACUUCCGCCUGUUGUUGAAAUUUACUCAUUAAAAACAGAUUCUUGGACAAAGAUUGAAGUUGAACUUUCGUACUUUAUUACCAGCCAUAUGGCAAAGGCAUUUCUAGAUGGAUCUGCAUAUUGGGUUGCACGAAAUGUUAUUAAUGAAACUGAGUAUGAUGACUUCAUUGUAUCUUUCAAUAUGGCUGACCAUGUUUUUGAAGAAAUAAAGCUGCCGAAGUCUUGCCUCGAUGACGGUGCAUUAACUGGGUCGUUAGCAGUCUUUCGGGAUUCACUUUACCUUUUUGUUCAUGGCCCAGAAUCACUAGAUUGGUGGCAUGUAUGGAUAAUGCAAGAAGAUUGUUCCAGAAAGAUUUGGUUCCAUCAGUUUAAAGUUGAUUGCUCAUUUAAAAUCUGCUGGCCCUUAGGCUUUAUGAAGAAUGGGGAGGUUAUAUUCGAAUCCAUUGAGGGGGAUCUUUCUCUUUAUGACCCUAGGAAUGAGCAAUUUCAAGAUCUUCGCUUCCAAGGGAAUCCUGAUAUGAUAGAACUGUUUGCAUACAAGGAGAGCCUGGUUUUACUUGAUUUAGGAACUAAAUCUUGGCCUAAGGAAUUUCAUGAUGACGGGAAUGAAGAGCUUGAUAUCCAAACUUAGAGUCGAGAAAGGUUCGCAGAUAUUCUGUAUCUUGGCAGUUAGCAACAAUGCACCAGUGAACUUUACAGAGUGUGCAGGAACAAACACUUUACUGAAUCGAUGGAUCUUUCAAACUAGUUGUUGGUGGCUGUUGCUUGAUGUAUAAUACUUGUAUAUGAAGUUGACUGUUUGAAUUUAGCUUGUUUUGUAUGGGUGAAUACUGUUUUUCCACUUGUGAACCACUUAUCCUCCAUCCGUACAUUUUGAAGAUAAUGUACUUUUCUUCUUGUUAAUUACUCUUAUCAGUUAAUGUAUAUGAAGAAUGGUUUUUUGGUC